GAAGAUGAGUCAAAUACUCAGGAGGAGGUUGGCACCUGGGCAGUGGGUGUGACACGGGCAGUUGAUCUAUGUGCAGCCCCAGGCAGCUGGAGCCAGGGGUCUGGACAAGUUGUGGCUGUGGAUCUGCAGGCUACGGCUCCACUACCAGGUGUGGUACAGAUCCAGGGAGACAUCGCCCAGCUUUCCACUGCCAAGGAGAUCAUCCAGCACUUUGAGGGCUGCCCUGCGGACCUAGUGGUGUGCGAUGGGGCUCCCGACGUUACUGGCCUCCAUGAUGUGGAUGAGUACAUGCAGGCCCAGCUCCUCCUAGCCGCUCUGAACAUUGCUACACAUGUCUUGAAGCCAGGGGGCUGCUUUGUGGCCAAGAUAUUCCGAGGGCGGGAUGUGACGCUGCUUUAUGGCCAGCUGCGGGUCUUCUUCUCCAACGUGCUCUAUGCCAAGCCCAGGGGCAGCCGGAACUCCAGCACUGAGGCCUUCGCUGUCUGUCAGGGUUAUGACCCUCCUGAGGGCUUUGUACCAGACCUGGCCAGACCCCUGCUGGACCAUUUGUAGGAUGGAAGACAAUGAAAUGGAUUAUUUGUCUUAA